GUAUGAUUUUAUAACGGCAAAGCGCCCAGCUGUUUUGUCGAGUGAGCAUUCUAAUGAAACUACUACAAAAAAGCAAACUUCUCAACAAAGUUCAUCAUGUAUCUAUGAUUCAGACGAAAGGAAUAGUGUAAAUUUUAAAUUGAAAAGGCAAGUAACGCGAGCAAAAUUGAUCCGACAAAAAACAUUGGAUCUUUAUGAUAAGCACUUAAAUUCUUUUUAUGGAUGUAUGGAAUCACAUCUAUUUGACCGAGCGCUCAUUAUAAAUCUUGUUAAAAGAAACGAAGUGAACGGUUUACCGUACGAGAAUAUUAGGUGCGAUUAUGUACCCCAUGUAGCGUAUAUUUAUCCGGAAAGAAAUAAUGAACAUUUGGAUGAAGGCCACAGCUCACAGACUGAGUGUCCGGAUUUAUUUAUUCCAGAUUUCACGCGAGCUAAAGCUUUCAUCGAAAGUGAUCGAUGGCCAGGCAAUGAAGAAUUUACAUUGACUCUUACAAAUGAAUUAGGCAAGAGGUUGGCUUUUACUCCAAAAAUUCUUUGA